AUGCCUUCUGCCGGAGCCGAUGCGCCGGCUUUGAGGCCCACAGCCCUACCAAAGGAGGCAGCCCUUCUCAUCGAUGAUAUGAUUCGCUCAGGGAAAUAUAAGGUGUUGCUGGACGCCAUUAAGGGGUUUCGAAACGGCUUUGUCUAUGGCGUUCGUAUUCGCGCGCCACAUGCGCUUGUGCUGAAUGCUGUAUGGAGCCACGCUCCAUGGCGCGUGAAGGCGCGUAGGAUCUACGAGGCGACAAAGAAGCACAGUAUUGCCCUAGGGUUGACGGGCCUAACCUUCUCGCUGGUACGGUCGAUUCUCCGUAAGCUGCAGGGUGACUCGCACAUGUGGCACAGUGCGCUGGCCGGGUUUCUUGUUGGCUCCGUCUUUUGGGGUGAGCAGAACCCAGUAACGGUGCAGAUGAGCAUGUACAUUUUGUCCCGUAUCCUGAGUGCGACUCUCUUUAUUCUUGCUGGCAAGUACGGCUGGAAGAUCCCACCAAAAGCCUUCCGCUUUUACUCGGGGGUGCUGUGGAUGAUCGUUAUGCCACUCUUCCUGUACCACGGUGAGACUGUGCAGCCGUCGAUGCGCACCGCCAUGCAGUACAUUUACCAGGAUAAUGAGAAGUACUCAAGUUGGUACGAUCUUUUCUGGGUGAAUCGCGACGCCACCACCGCUUCAUAA